AUGGCGGACGUCCGGUCCAAGAACCUUUACGAGCUUCUUGGCAAUGAUCCCGAGUUGGACCCCAGCAGACCCCCCGCUCCUCCCACGAAAGCUAUCGACAAGCCCGCUCCUCGUGUAGGCAAGCGUGAUGCCCCCAAGGAGGCUCCCAGCCAGCCCCGUGCCGGCCAGAACUCUCGCCGUGGUAACAACGUCUCUGGCAAUGAGGCCGCUUUCCGUGACCGCAACGCUGGUCGCAACCAGAACCGCGAGAAGCCCACCGAUGAGAGGGAAGGUGGUGCCCGCCGUGGCGGACGUGCCCGUAACGACCGUCAGUCCCGUACCGGCCAGACCGACUCUGGAAAGAAGGUGAACCAGGGCUGGGGUGGCCAGAGCGGCGAGAAGGAAUUGGACGAUGAGCGCGCCGGUGAGAAGAUCGCCCAGGCCGACGAGAACGAGCCCCAGACUCCCGCCGAGGAGGCCGAGCCUGCUGAGAAGGCCAAGUCGUAUAACGACUACCUUGCUGAGAAGGCGGCCGCCGGUGACUUCAGCGCCAAGCCCGUCCGUGCCGCCAACGAGGGCUCCAAGGCUGACUCCAAGUGGGCCAACGCCAAGGAAUUCAAGCGUGAGGAGGAUGAGAACUACAUCAAGGGUUCCUCUGAGAAGGCCAAGCGUGAGAAGGCUCGCAAGGAGAAGAACGUCCUUGAGGUCGACAUGCGCUUCGUUGAGGCUCCCCGUGGCACCAGCGGUCCCCGUGGCCGUGGUGGCCGUGGCGGACGUGGUGCCCGUGGUGGCCGUGGCAGCGGUCCCCGCCCUGAGCGUACUGAGCGCAGCGCUCCUGUCACCGUGGACGAGAAGAACUUCCCCAGCCUUGGCGGCAAAUAA